UCUAAUUGCACCUUUAUUUAUUUUAACUAAAAGCGAUCGGCUUUCGGUCUCACCUGAAUUAUAGGUAAAAACUCUUAUGUAGUUGAGACCUAGAACUUGAAUAGUAUGAUCUUGAUUUUAUUUGAAGAAUAGUCCGAAAAAUUUAUUUUCCCCAAACGUGUGUAUAAAAUCUACUUCGAAAUCUGGCAAUUUUCUUUGAUUAUUUAUCAUAGAAGUAAACAUGGAAGAACCGGCAGAAGUGGACGAUGGUUAUGAUUAUGAUGGAGAUCCUUCCGCACAAGAGGAAUUUACUGCAGAAGAGCUUGAAUUGCCCCCUGUUAAAUAUGAGUAUCUGGAUCAUCCUGCAGAUGUCCAGCUGCAUUCAUGGGGGGAUACGAUAGAAGAAGCAUUUGAACAGAUUGCUGUUGCAAUGUUUGGAUAUAUGACAGAAAUUGACAAAGUUGAAAUACUUAUGUCGCAAGAUAUAGAAGCUGAAGGUGAUGAUAUGCUGUCCCUUUUAUUCCACUAUCUUGAUGAAUUUUUAUACGUAUUUAGUGCAGAACCAUACUUCAUAGCAAGAAAAGUGAAAAUUUUGCAUUUUGAUAAACAGAAUUUGAAGAUUAAAGCUAGAGGUUAUGGUGAAAUUUUUGAUUUGGAUAAGCAUCCCCAGGGAAGUGAAGUUAAAGCUAUAACUUACUCAAACAUGCAAGUUCAUGAAAAUGAGGAUAAAUGCGAAUUAUUUGUCAUUGUGGAUGUGUAACUAUGAACAUAUUAAAGAUUUUAUUUAUACAUUAA